ACAAAAACACAAACACACACACACACACACACACAUAUACACACACACACACACAUAUACACAUCAAUUCAAUAAAUUGAAUCAUCUUUCUUCUCCAAUUUUCCACCCCAAUUCCCUUUUUUCUCCUUAAUAAAUUGGAGAAUCAGUCAAAAUGUCGUCACAAAUGAGCGAAGAAGACCAAAAGGCCAACGAGUCUCAUUGUCAAUGGUUCUAUGAUAUACAAGAGAGGGUUAUUGAUCCCAGUAGGGAAUUGGCAACCCCAGAUCAAUGGCUAGAUGCGGUCAAAGUCAUCAAGAAAGAUGUCAGAAGUGUCUUUGAGGGCUACAGCAAGGAGACGCAUCAAUACUUGAUCGCGGCCACUACAUGGUGGCAUUUCUUUGUUAGAAGUGGAGUCAAUAUCCACGAUAAACCUGCCUUCAUAUCUCGACCACGUUACAUUAGUCUCGAUACGCUACCACCUCAGCUCAGAGAUCUUCAAGAUACCAACAGUUUUGAGGUUCCUAAGAACCCUGUUCGAGCCCACGCUGUAGCUCCGCCACCAUAUGAAGUAGCUGAGGUAGAUACACCAUUUCCUGUCUACACGGGCAAGAAGUAUGGAAUUGCACAACACUUUGCUGCCGAUCCAAAUGCUGGUCGUCCUUCUCACGAUCGCCAAGUAGUGACCACGUCCGCUUCAACUGAAGCUCCAACACCAGGGUCUUUGUCACUUGGUCAAGCUGGGCGAUUGGCUCAGAAGCAGAGUGCUAUCCCGAGUGCUGGUCUUGUCGUAGCUCAAUAUCUUGAUCCUGUCCUAAAGCCAAGCCAAAAGGACAUCAAGGACGAGACUGCUCGGAAGAAGGCUGAACGCCAAAAAGCAGAGGAUGCGGUACGUAACAAUGACUUUUCUUCAAUCUCUCGGGAAGAGGCUCAUCGUAUCAUGCUGACCCCUAUUCCACCUUCUGACUGGGCAAAUGAAACGGAAGAAGAUGAUACUGAUCUGUCUGAUUCUUCACAGGGGCGAAACAUCUACGACGAGGAGACUGGCCAAUACUACGAUCACAAAGAAUACCAGAAGCUCUUGGAGGGUCGCUUAGAGAAGAAAAUGCAAGAAAUCGUUGAGAAAUCUAUGGAGGCUCUCAAAAAGCAACUUCAAGAGCAAAUAGAAUCCCAGAAAGCCAAUGCCACCAAACUGCAAUUGACUGAUGAACCUCUCGAAGACCAUAUCCUCAAGUCGAUGCCUCCAAAGGAAGCAGAACAAUUGGCCAUCCGAGUGCUUAGGCAAUCAAAGCUGCAGGCUGAGCAGGAACAGUUAAAGACCGAGCAGGAAAGAACUAAGACCAAGGAGGAAAAGAAAAAGAACAAGCACCAACUUAAGAGGGAGCGUAGGAGAGAAAAAAAUGCAAAAGCUGCGGAUAAGGAUAACUCUGAUGUUGCACAAGACGCUGAAGCAUCUCUCGAUGUCUCCGCUGAUUCUGCUGUUGCUUCUUCUGUUGAUCCUACGGUCACGUCUUCCGAUGUCCCUGCUGCUGAUCCUGCGGCUAAUUCUUCUGGUGAUGGUGAGGAUGGUGAUGUCUAG